AUGUACCGCAGUUUUCCUGCUACUCUCAUCCAGCUGCGACGCCGGCGACAGCUGCAGUCCGCCGGCAACUUCGUUGCUCCCAGCACGGAGGCUCCAGACGGCGCCAGGAGCAUGGGAAAAGGUACGCAGACGUCGCGCAGCGCCGCUGACAAGCACGUACCCUGGUGGCGCCGGAGGGAUGCGCUGGUCCUCGCCGCCUGCCUUGCCACCCUGGCGAUAGUCAUUCUCAUCGUCAUUAUCACGCUCACCACUGCCCAGGCAUCUGACGCCGCUAGCGAGCACAACCACACGGAAAAUUCAACGGAGAUAUCUGUCGAUGCAGAAUUUGUUCUGCCGGAUGGGCGACCAAUUAUACGCAGGUCAGAGUGGAGUUCCGUGCCGCCAGAUUAUCGGAGAACGCUGAGACACCCCACGCCGUAUGUGAUCAUUGGGCACACCGCGGAUAGGGUUUGUAGGGGCAAAGACCAGUGCUUCGUCCUGUUGCGCAUCUACCGCGAUGAACACCGUGCGAAGUGGUUGCAGCCGGACAUUACGUACAACUUUCUCAUAGACGUGGAGGGCAACGUCUAUGAGGGCCGUGGCUGGGACACCACCAAUAACUACCUAUCCUGGGCGAAGCGUUGCAACCUUGGUGUGACUCUGAUGGGUGACUUUAGGACGGACAACGUGACGACAACGAUGAUGCAGACGCUACUACAGCUGCUGGACCUGGGACAGAGCUUGGGCAAAUUGGACCCGAACUACCGGUUGGUGGCGCAAAACCAGGUGCACGCUUCACUUAGCCCCGGAAAUAACGUACUGCAAGUCAUCGAUACGUGGCCACACCGGUGCCUGUAUGAUUGCAACGUGGGUGUCCAGUGUAUCUACGAAGAGAACGACGAAAUUGACGUGUAAACUUUCAGCAGAUCUGGAGCGCAUCACUCUUCAACGAUAUUGUUGACCCAUUAGUUUUUUAGGCACUAGGCCAUACGACGAACCAACAUCAGGCUGACCUCGCUACAAGAACCAUCAUUUGAGAGACCAGUGGAAGUUUGCCCUCACUGUGAGUGAAACAAAUAUUUUAGGCUAUUCAGUAUUUAUGAAGAGGUAUUUAUUAAAUGUAACACAGCCUGUCAAAGUCUCAGUUUCUUCCUUCUUUUAAAACUUCAUUUUCUGACGAUCUAUUUUUCGGUCAUAUUUAUUUAAAGUAUCUUCUUGUGUAUCUAAACUGUCGGUUAAUAGUGAAACGAAAUAGUGUGACCUUACUGGAACGAAAUUAAGUAACAUGUACACGCAUUUGUUAGUCAAAAUUAAUAUUAUAUUGCAUAUUAAAAGUAAUUAUAAGUUCCAGUAAUCUGCAAGUUAAAACCUAACACUCAACAUAAAUAGGUACUUCUUACGUAGCCAGUACCGCUCUAAAUUGCGGAUCCAAAAGAAGGAUGGGAAAUACGUAAUUUGUUUCGUCGCGUAUAGCCUCGUGCCUGUUGUCUGUCACAUUUCCAUCCUGCAGCGGAGCUCGCUCGGAUGGACGAUUCCGAACCACAUGUGACGUCACACCGGACAUUUGUCGCCAUCGUGAAACGGUUAAAUAUUAAAUGAUACACGAAUGUAACGUCUCGAAGGUAGUGUUCCUAGUCGUGUAAAAUUUUGUAAAAGGCGCAUGGUCACUGUUAAUUGCGGAAUUUGUCGUCUGAACAACUCACCAUUGAAAUUUCUGUCGCGUGACAAUUAUUAGGAGGAAAUAGUUGUGCUUCAGCUCAUGUCAGAACCUAAAAAUCAUCUGACAUGCAUGCAUGUCGUCGUCACAUUCGUCUGUUGUAUCUUUAACUCCAAGGCUGCUCCUACAUUUGACUUUUAUAUCUAAAAGAUGUUAACAACGAUAAAAGUAUGUGUGAUUAAUGCUAUUUUCACGAUAUACCAAGUAGCUUUGCACUCGUCUAAUAUAGAUUCAUUGUUACAAUUGAAUAAAAAACACGAGAAUAAGACGACAUGCACGUAUGUUGCACGAUUUUUUGUUAGUGACCUGCCCUAAAGCACAAUUACUUCAAUUUGAUAAUGGCCAUACGGCCGAAAUUUCAAUAGCUAGUUGUUCAGAUAAAUAAUUAUACAGUCAAAGGGAUCAUUAUGUCAUUUGCAAAACAAAGAUUUCAAUUUUGGUUAUUCACGAAUGGAUUGAAUCUCUAAUAUUUAAUCUGUGAUAUUUAUAUAAAAAAGUGAAAUCAGUCCUCGUUAAAUAAACAGACACAAAAUAAUACGGCAACUUGAUCAGUUACGCAACACAGGGCGUUUCUAUGAUGAUGGAACUAACUUCCAGAAACGAAGAAGAAAGGCAGGUCUACAAAACUGAGACACUGCGACAAAAUCGACCAAGCUGAAAAUGAGAAAAUUUCACGUUUAUUGUUACUCUGGUCUUUCUGACGAAAAAAUCCGCGUAGAAACAUUUCCACACUACAUUUGUGUCUAAAAUUUAUACAAAAUGCGAAAUUCACAAUUGUUCGAAGUGGUACCUCAUAACUUUUAUGCAGCCAUAACUUUUCCUUACACAGCUCUUUCGUUUCGAUUCAGCAUCUUCGUGUUGUAUUGUAUUGUAUAAAAAUGGGCACCUAGAAACGAUGGAGAGGUUUCGUCCUCGCCGUAGCCUCAGUGGUACACAACCCCACAACAGGCUACAGCAGUCCACUCACCCCUCCGCCACCCCACACCGAACCCAGGGUUAUUGUGCGCCGAACCGAGGGCUAUUGCGCGGUUCGGCCCCCAGUGGACCCCUCCCCCCCUCGCGAAUGUCUCACACCCGACGAGUGUAACCCCAAUGUUUGCGUGGUAAUGACGGUGUACGUGUACAUGGACACAGGGUAACUGAGGUGGAAUAAGGGGAACCAGGCUGCAUUCGCUGAGGCAGAUGGAAAACCGCCUAAAAACCAUUCAAAGACUGGCCGGCAGACUACAGAUGGGCAAAACUGUUCUUUUCAGAGAUUGGAUCAGAACUGUUCACUCCCUGAAAUGAAUUAGCUCUUUUUCAUGACUCACCACUCAUUUACAGUAGAAAAUAAAUGGAAGGCACAUUGCCCUUUAAACUUGGUUUAUUCCAGUGCUAUACCUGUAUUUUGAUCUUGAACACAGAUAAUGAGUAAGAAUUUUGUAUUGUUUAUUGAAAUUUCCACGAUAUGACAAAGUUUUUUUUUAUUGAUUUAUUUUGCAGUAUCGUGGUUUUUUGGG